CCAAGUUUACCGUUAGAAAGACACUAAGAAAUUUUACGAGUGAAUUUGAAGAUUCCAGCGUUGCAUGUGUUAUAAAAUUAUGACGUAGCUAUGGUGUAAUUUGCUUUUCCUCGCAUUAUAAAGUGUUAUGAUGUUAUAUUUUGCUUCAUUUCAUUCUAAAAUGAAUGUUCAUUUUUCAGAUUCAGAUUUUUUUAAGCCUGUAAUGUUUUAGAACUUAUUUAAGUUGAAAACGUUUGAAGAUGAUCUGAGGAAGAAAGGCUUGGAAGAAUCUUCAAAAAUGAUCUGGUGGAACAGUAAAUCCUUUGCUCUACCAAGUUUAGAACAAAAAAUCAGAGCCUUAGUAACGACUGAAAAAAACAACUCCGAGGUUUUCAAAGGAUUACUGCUAGCAACGAUUUCGGGAUUAUUGUACUCCUGUACAACUGUAGUAGUCAAAUACGUCGAUAAUUUAGAUCCUGGACAACUGUGCCUUUAUCGCCAUAUCGCAAUUUUCACUUUAAAUAUUCCAGAAGUUAUCAAAUGUCGCCAAGGAAUCUUUUUGCCAAACAAUUUCCGUGUGCUACUAAUAAUCAGAAGCAUAUGCUCGGCAACACAUAUAUUGGUCAGUUAUUAUGCUUUUCGCCUCUUACCACUUGCAGAAGCGAAUGUGAUUUUAUUCAGCAUCCCAGCCUUUGUAACCGUGGCCGCGAGGAUUUUCCUAAAAGAACCAUGUGGAAUAUUCCAAUCGAUAUCUCUGGUCUUCACUGUAAUUGGCUUAAUUUUUACUGCCAAAAUACCUAGUUACUUUUCUGGCUCACCUAUUGUUCAUUCAAAGGAAUACAUACAGGGUCUUAUAUUUGCUUUCUCGGGAAUCCUCCUUAAUACCGCUCAAAUAAUACUCUUAAGAAAAACGAAAGAAGUCCACCGUGCAACUGUUGUAUCCAAUUUAGGUAUCAUAGCUAUCAUUGAACUAGCUUCUGUUACUGCCAUCUUUGGUGAUUUCAAGUGGAAUAUGUGUGGAUGGCAGAAUCUGUACAUAAUUAUCCUCGGAAUAUUUAGUUACUUAUCUCAAGCAUUGAUGACCAGAGCUUUCCAGUGCGAAUUUGCUGGCCCAGUCUCCACUGUCAGGGCUGGGGCAGAUAUAGGAUUGUCCUUUAUAUGGCAGACAGCUGUGUUUAAAAUGAUUCCAGACACUUUCAGCAUCAUAGGAGCUUUGUUAGUUAUGGUAUCCAUAAUUUUGGUUGGAAUUAGGAACUGGGUGUCCAGCCUACCGAAUGAUUCCCCAAAAUUGAAGCACUUAAAAUGGAUAUUGAAGUAAAUUUCGAGAAACUUGGUGUUGGAAUUAAUUUUAAUUGAAUUAGAGAUAGCGCGCGCAGUAGAAAAAAAUGUAGGUGUAGUGUUGAAUGCAGAAAAACAGCGGCAGAUGUGUAAUAGUAAUCAAGUAAUUAAGUAGUAGUUUAUAUAGUGUGUGUUGUGUAUUUGUUUUUAAGUUAUAUUAGUUGUUUUUUGUUAUUGUUGU